AUGUCCAUAUUCUGUUUCACUGCCUUCUGUCUUUAUCCCUAUUUCCCAGAGAACACCUUGCAUAUCAAAGUCAUGCAGUUGACUGGAAUUUCUGCACAUGACUUAGAUCACCUGGAAGAUGAUUCACUACCAGAUCCCACACUUGCUGGCAUCCCUUUGGAUGAAUCAGAUGAGCAGCACACCUUUCUCUGUAUCUUUUUCUUUCUUUUCUUUCCACACAGGGACAACUUGUGGGAGGAGAAGGGCAAAGUAUUCCCCAUCAACAUGAGGAUAGAUGUGGCAGAUGGGCCAGUAAUAGUGGAAGCAUAUGAGGCAUAUGAAUGGUGGGUGAGUGAGGAGAUUGCAUGGCACAAGACCAACAAGGACAUGCAGAUGGGAGAGGAAGCUGCACAGGAGGUUGGAGGGCAGGAGACAAGUGCUAUCAUGCUGGCUGCAAUGGAGAAGAUGUUGCAUGUCAAGGUGGUGUCCCAGCCUGUUUGGAAGACUGUCACAGAGAGUGAAGAUGAGGACAAGCCCAAGAUCAUUGUUCUGCCCAGUUUGAUCCUCCACAAGGUCCCAUGCAUGCAAUGCAUGGGGUGUGAGAAGUCAACAAAGGCUGCAGGAAAGAAGGUGCAGGCUGGCACAUCAGUUGUUUGGUCUUCGAAGGCUGCAAGGGCUGGCCCAUCCAAGAGGGCUGCUGACAACGAUGACAACAACAAAGUGGAAGUAGUUGAGAGCCAUGCACAUGUGAAGGGUAAGGCCCCUGUGCAAGGAGGGCUCAACAGCAAGGUUGCAGCUGAUCUCUUGCAGUUGUUGAGGCUGCUGCAUGUGGAGGCCACAGAGUUGCAUGCAGCUUAG